UAUGGGAUUAUCGCCAUGUUUGCUUUGACUUUUGCUUUGACUUGCCCCUGGAUAAGACAGAUAAGACAUAUCUAUUUUGUAUUCCAGUUGGCAGAUGCGCUGCCUGAACCAUCCUCUGCCAAAACGUCUGCUGUGAGCAAUACAAAAGCUGGCCAGUCUCCUCAAGGCUGGCCAGGCUCCAACCCUUGGAGUAACCCAAGUGCUCCACCUGCUAUGCCGUCUGGACUCCCACCAAGUGCUGCAGCACCCUCCACUGUGCCUUUCGGACCAACACCAACAGGAAUGUAUCCCUCCAUGCCUCCAACUGGACUACCGCCAGGACCCCCAGCACCCUUUCCUCCCUCUGGACCAUCAUGUCCCCCACCUAGUGGUCCUUAUCCAGCCCCUACUGUGCCGGGUCCUGGCCCCACAGGGCCAUAUGCUACGCCAAAUAUGCCCCUUCCGGAGCUACCUAGGCCAUAUGGUGCACCCACAGAUCCAGCUGGUACUUUAGGUCCAUGGGGAUCCAUGUCUUCUGGACCUUGGGCACCAGGAAUUGGGGGGCAGCAUCCUAAUAUGCCAUAUCGAUCUCCAGGGCCAUAUCCCACUCCUCCUCCUCCAGUGUCAGGAGCACCGCCUGUUCCAUGGGGCACUGUGCCACCAGGAGCCUGGGGACCACCAGCACCAUAUCCUGGCCCUGCAGGAUCAUAUCCCAUACCAGGACCCCAUCCUGUUCCAAAUAAUCCUUACCAAGUGCCUUCAGGACCUUCUGGUGCUCCACCAAUGCCUGGUGGCCCCCAUUACCAUUAAGUUGACAGUGGAUGAAGAGAUGGCGCAUUGCUUUUUGAAGUACAUGUACAUGCACAUGAAGGCUUAUAUACAAAUGGCUGGUUUCGCUAUUGGUGAAGGACGUUCAUGAAAGAACAACUUUUGUACCUCAGAGAGUUCCUGCUUCAUGUGUUUGGAUAUGUAGAACAUCACAUGGGUACAAUCAGAUAAAGAUGUAAAAGCAAAUCAAGUAUGGUUAAUGUGGCUGUGUAUAUCAAGUAGCUUUUGAUAAUACUUGUUUAAAAUAUAGCUGUACCCUCAAUCUAAAAUGACAUGGAUUAUUGUUAGAAUCUGUAACUUAAUUGGCAAAGUAAUUCAAGUAUUGUUUUAUAAUCAUCCUGCACUCCCAUAUAACUGAAAACAGUCACUUAAUUGAAACAUGACUCCUCAACAUUUUGAGGUCCUCUUCCUACACAAACCAGGACCUCUUGUUAUAUUUUAGCUACAUAAAUGUAUUGUGUAUGUGUUUACUAAGUUUAAUUCAACAUUAUUCCCAGUUCUGCCAAAAUAAGAUAAUAUUCCUAUCAAAAUUGCAUUAUGAUCUAAGGACAGGUUUCUUGCUCUGACAGAGCUCUAGAAAAAUGUUGGUGCCAGAUGCACUUAAACAAGUUUUAAGGUUAAUACAGGAGUCAGACUGUCCAGCCUCGGGAAGGUAGGAAGAGGAGAUGAGUGAGGCAGCUGCUGCUGGGCAGUCACUGUCGCAGGGCCUCCUGUCCACCCAGCUGUGUGAGCCAGCAGCUGGAGUUGGGAACUUUCCUCUCACCAGCGGACGGCAGGGCCAACACAGGGAUGUCCUUGACCAUCUGAUUUGGAAUUCGCAAAUCAUUUUUUUUCUUAAAGCAUUUACAAAAGGUGGUCCAUUUCCUUAUAAGUUAAGUUACUGGCUGGACUAAAUAAACAUCAUUUAUGACAUUUUUUAAUGGAAAAAAAAAUGUUCUGAAUUCCAAAUGACAUUCUCAUAGUGACUGAACCACAACUCAUUUGAGUUGUUCCAGAAUUGCACAUGUAAUUAAUACAUGUUGCUUGGCCGUAGUAUGCAGGACAACUGGAGGCGAAACUCUAGUUGACAAAGCCACGGUCAGACCUCUCAAUAAACCAGUAGGAAGCAGAGGCUGGCAAGUGGUUCCUGCAGACACUUAACCAUCUAGAUCGGUGUGCAUGACUGCACACCUUGCUUUUCCAAAGGACAUUUCUGGACCUGCUAUGAGUCUGGAAGGCAGUCUGUUGUGCUCUCCCAGUAGCAAAAAGGCCUGUAUGACAGACCCUUUUCCCACUCCAACUUAAGGGCUUAAAGAUCUGAAGUACUCGGGAGCCAGAGGCAGGCAGGUCUCUUGAGUUUAAAACCAGCCUGAUCUAACAAGUGAGUUCUGGCACAGCCAGGACUACACAGAAAAAUCCUGUCUUGGAAAGAAAUAGAAAAAAGGGAUGCUGGAUUUGCCUCCUGGUAGGUUUAAGACCUUCUUGUGGGGAGAAAGUCAUGGCCCAAGUCAACCGUGGGUGUGAGCUUCAGCAUUUCAGUGUGGUCCACUUCUUUAGAACUUGGAGCUGUCUUUCUCUUCUCACUGCUGCUCUAGGUGUGAGGUUUGUCCAGCUUUUGGUGAGAUUUUACAGUCUUUGGCUUCACACAGCAAAGCAUGGUCCUUGAGCUUGUUUGUGCUGUGUGUACCAGGGGUGCCAUGGCAGUGACUGGUGACCCCAAAAUGCCACUGAUCUUACUACCAGGUGCGUUCAGACAUUGAUUCACCAAAGACACCUCCUGCAUUAACUUAAGCCUUAAAACUUUUAAGUGCAUUAGGUGCCAACAUUUUUCUAGCACUCCAGCAGAGCAAGAAACCCAUUCUUAGAGUGUAAUGCAAUUUUGAAAGGAACGUUUUGUUAUUUGCAGAACUGGAUAUAAUGAUUGAAUUAAGCUUAGCAGCCACAAAAAGAUUGCUGAUUCUCCUCCCGGGGGCGCCCUGCCAGUCUGGGCAUCUGGGCCCUGGAACAUACCGUCACUGCCCUGCCUACCUAUGUAAUUUUAAGCCAAUAAUUAGCUGCCAAGUUCAUCAGCCGCUGUUUUCUUGUUGGUGUUUGGGGGGGAGGGUAGUUAGUAGAAUCUAAUGACCCAUCCUGCAUGUUGUGCUGUGGACAGUACUUCCAUUUAAACCCUGUGUUUUGGACUUUCCAACUGAUAAUUGGGACUUAAUAAAUUUAUUACUAUUAUUAAUGUAAGUGGAAAUCAAAGGUAUGGCAGAGUUUUCUAUUUUUGUUUUGUUUAGAACAUUUCUCCUGUUGCUGUCAGAGUAGAGUAUUUCUGGAUUCAAGAUACAAUCAAGAAAAGCAAAAAUAAAAUAUAAAAGGUAGCCAAAUGAGGAAAAGAAUCCAGAAAGGGCUUUCUAUUUUUGUUUGUGUUUUAACCUAAGAAAAGAAUAAUGCUCUCUUCAGAAUAAGCCAUGCUGGACUAGGACUGGUCUCUAAAAAGACAGCUUGUCAAUAAGUGUUUGGUCCAAAUUACAGAAUUUGUUGACACAGGCUGACAAAAAAUUUUAAAUAAAUGUGGCAAAAACUUUGAGGUGUGUGCAAGAAUAGUGCUUCUGACAUUGAAAUCUUGGGUUUUACAGUGUAUACUUCUUUUCCAAGAACUCUUCCUUUGUUCAUCUUACUGUCAGAGGGUAACAGGGCAGGCAUCAGAACGUUUUAGAAAACAGUCAUGAUGCACCUCACAAGCUAACACUUUCCAGACACACACACACACACACACACACACACACACACACACACACACACACCACAGAGCUUUUGAAACUUGGGGUGGUUGUCUACAUUUCUAAACUACUAGUGCCAUGUGUUCCUCCUCCUCUGAUUUAGAGCUAGCUUUGUGAAAUGCCAGCAUUGAAAGCUCUGGAAAGUAAAGCCUUUAACGGUUACCGUGUUUAAAGAAGUGCAAGCUUUCCUGAAGGAGCUGCUGAGAGCAGUGCACGCCCUCGGGGAGCAAAUGUCACACUCUGUUUUCAGAAUCCUGCCAAGUCAAACAAAAAUGGGUAAUGGUGAUGAGGACUGUGAAUCCAUGCACACUUGUAGCUGCAGAACCCAUCUGCGGACUGAGUCCAUCCAAUGUGCACAUCUGGGCUAGAGAGUUAGCCACACCAUUACCUGCCACCUAAAUAAAAAGUAAUGAACAAUAACUCUCAAGAUAACAGAUUUGUCUUGGGGCAUUUUAAAUGGCAUUGGAUUUGAUACUUAUUUUCUUACUUGACAUGGGUCUCACUAUAUAACUCUGGCUACCCUGGAGCUCUAAAUGUAGAUGAGCAACUCACAGAAGUCUUCCUGUCUCUGCCUCCCCAAUGCUGAGAUGAAAGGCAUGUCCCUGGCUUGUUAAACUCUGUGUGUGUGUGUAUUCAUACAUAUAUGAAUAUCUUUCAAGAGCCAGGUGGUAGUGGUGCACACCUUUAAUCCCAGCAUUCAGGAAGCAUAGACAGAUCUGUCUCAAACAACAAAAGCAAAAGAAUAUCUUUCAAGAUUGUAGUGCUGAUCAGUGCAACUAUUCAAGUGUGCAAAGUAACAGGAUGUUUUUCCUGUACAGACGUUGUGCACAGCCUGUCACUCAUUAACAGACACUGGCUUGUUGCCAUUGAAUAGAUUUGACUUGUAUGUGCUCUAUAAAGGCUUUUUGUAAUGCUUUCCUUGAGAUUGUGAUUUUCCACUCACUGAAUAAUGGUAAAUUUGAUGUAUUUUACAGUCUAUGCAUUUUCACUUAAGCUGCCUGUAGUGUGGUUUGAGACAUACACGUUUGUACUAUGAACUGUAAGAAAUGGAAAAUUCUAGGUUUAAUCAUCUGCUGCUGUAUUUGCAAAGACAAAGUUGCUUAAAGAAGUAAUUAUAAUUAGAAGUAGGUUACAGAUGUGAUACUUGAUAUUUUUAAGGUAAAGUUGUUUGUUUUUGUGUAUAAUACCUGAAAGCCUUCUUAAGAAAUGUGUUUUCAUGA